UCUGUUGCCAAGGCUACCGUACAGCCUCUUGCUGCAUAUACCUCGACGAAGCUGCCGCCUGUGGAUCGCUCUCUCCUCCUGGAUACAAACAAAAGAAAACCUAUCAGACUUCAUACUCUGUCUCCCUUUCAUACACGGAGACGUUUGUGAAUAUUCUGCCUCUGCUAACCUCACACACGUCCUCUGCCUCUCACUGUGGCUCUGUCUCCCUCUUGCACGCAAACACACUCACACACACCUUCCUCUUCUUCUCCCGGACAGAGGAGCAGCAAAGGGAUUGGCGUAGUUCUUGGUGUUUGGCUCCUGGUCUUUGGCUCAGAGAGGGAACAGAGCAGCAGAUGGCAAUGUGAGGACAGGCUGAGCCAGAGUUGACUCUGCCUCACAAUGGUUGGAAACGACUGCUUGCCACAGGAUACAGGAUUUACCUUGAUCAUGUGAUCUGACUCCCCUCCCCACUUCCCUGCCAUCUAUCAUAGGGGGAUCAUGACCCGCCGACUGAGCAGCUCCACCCGUUCCCACACCGAAGACUCCAUCUUCCUGAGGCCCGAUGAGGACCCCGUGUGGCUGGAUGAGCCCACAAAGACUGACAAACUAGGCGAUGGAGUCUCUAAAAAAGAUGUUCUCCCAGAAUGUAAAGACGGACCCACAGGGGGCCAGAGCCCACAGGGAGAGGAAGUGUUUAUGCACAAGGUGUACGCGCUGGUGAUUGAGAUCCACUGCUGGGCUGCACUGUUUGUCAUCUCCCAAGUCACAGGGUACUGGGUGUUUUUUGUGCUGGAAGGAAAUGGACCACUCUCUUCCAUCUACAAAGCCCUGCAGGUCAUCGACUUCUACCUUGGUUUCAUCUUACCCUGCCACCCGAUUUUUGGAAUGGAUUCCAUAGUGUUGAUGAGGGAAAUUGUGAAUACCAAACAGAACAACUGGAUUUUUCACGGGACUGCAGGCAUUGGUGUGGCCAUCUGUGUCAUCAUGGUUGUCCACAUGGUUUGUAAGUGGCGUUAUGGCACUGGCUUGUGGUCGUCACGGGCGGUGUCGCCCGACAUUGGUGAUCGGCGUCAGUCUGUGAGCCGCCAGCCUUCCUUCACCCUGUCAGAGUGGACAGAUGCUCAGGAAGAUCUGCUGGACAUGGAUCCUGUGCCCCAGACACCAGUCUUUGAAAUGGGCACUGACACCAGGACGGAAGGAGACGCUGCUACCCUCACUGUCACACCAGUGGGGCUUCAGGAGAGGAGGGGCUCCAAUGUUUCCCUGACCUUGGACAUGUGUACACCGGGCUGCACUGAGCCCUAUGGCUAUGGAGCCCAGCUCUCCCCCAGAGACCAAUCGGCCCAGGAGUACCUCAGACAGGCAACACAUGUCCUGACCCCGGCCAUGCUACACACACGGGCCAUGGAUGACCAGAGCCUGCAGGCUGAGUUUUAUGAAACUCCCAUGAACUUUGUGGACCCUAAGGAGUACAACUACCCUGGGCUGGUGAGAAAGAACCGCUACAAAACCAUCUUACCCAACACACACAGCAGAGUGAUCUUAAAGUCACAGGACGAAGAUGACUUCCUCUCUACCUACAUCAAUGCAAAUUAUCUCAAAGGUUAUGGGGAUGAAGAGUGUGCAUACAUUGCCACCCAGGGUCCCACUGUGAACACAGUUGGGGACUUCUGGAGGAUGGUGUGGCAGGAGAGGAGCCCAAUCAUAGUGAUGAUCACCAACCUGGAGGAGAAAAAUGAGAAAUGUGCAGAGUACUGGCCUGAGGACACUGUGACCCAUGAGGGCAUUGAGAUCACUGUUGUCACGGUAACCCAGGAGGAUGACUACAGUUUGAGGGUGUUUACUUUGAAGUGUGGGCAAGAGGAGCGUAGUCUGAGGCAGUACUGGUACACUUCGUGGCCUGAUCAGAAGACUCCAGACAAGGCUCCACCUCUUCUGGAACUGGUGCAGGAAGUAGAGAGAGCACGAGAAGACGCCUCAAACUCCAGUGGCCCUAUAAUUGUUCACUGCAGUGCUGGAAUUGGUCGAACCGGUUGCUUCAUCGCCACCUCCAUCCUGUGCAAGCAGCUAAGGACUGAGGGUGUGGUUGACAUCCUGAGAACCACCUGCCAGCUCCGUCUGGACAGGGGUGGGAUGAUCCAGACGUGCGAGCAGUACCAGUUUGUGCAUCACGUCCUCAGCCUGUAUGAGAAGCAGCUGUCUCACACUGCUGAGGAGUAGAUUGAGAGCUACAGCCACACCCAGAUGAGACACACCACUGUACACUGUACCGUCUCUGGCGGUAUGCACCACUGUACUUAGCAUCAUCUCAAUCUCACCCUUUAACGAUUUCAAACCAUGUUAAUCUCUUCACCGAACACAGGCUCACUUAGACAGAGUUGAACGGUUGACGUGAAAUCUGUGAAAUCUCUUACUUACUGUGUGUUUGAACAGAGCAAAUACAAGGAGGUGGGGUUUGAGUUGGCCCCAAAAAAUCCGAAUCAAACAAUUCAGAGUCAUUGGUUCACAGAGUGCUGGAGACUCGUGACAGUCAGGCCUGAAAUAAUCCAAGCCCUGCACUCCUGAUAUCAUAUCAUUUGCACUGCUGAGGUUUUUUUAUCGUGUUACUGUACAUGAGUUUUAAUCAUCUAGGCCUGAUUAAGUAUUGAAAACAGUCCCUCAUAUUUUAUAUGUAGAGUUGACAAAGGUUAAACUUGAGCUGAAAUAUAAUCAAAUCACCUCCUGUUGUCGGGACAAAAUUCAAGUUCAGUCUCCUUAAGUUAGCAUUAGUAAUAAUGGCCCUUUACAGCACAAAUGCCAGCAUCAUUUAAUUCUACAGAAGUGAUCAAAUGCCAGCCUCAGUCCUAUAGAGACGUAAAAGUUCACAUGAAAUAUGAAUUAAGCAACUUUUUUGUUUUCUCAUUGACUCUCAUUUUUAAUGUAUGAAAUCAUUACCCAAGGCCUGUUUCAACUUUUGAUGCAUUCAGGAGCCACCUCAUCUUCAGGUUGCAUGGUGCUAAGUGUUCAUUAAAGGCAUGUGCAAUGUUAUGGAACAUAGGAAUGUAUAACAAUUAGGUUAUUAACCAGUUAGGAUUUCUGUGCAAUCUACAGUAUUACAGUUUUACCAUACUGCCUGUGCAGUCCUCUUGGCCAAUGAUGUUUACAAUAAACAACUCCUGCAUUAAGGCCACAUAGCCGUACACUCAGAGGCGUCACAGAGCCAGAGACAGUAAGGCGACAGUGGCCAGAAAUAGUCGGACUGUCACAAAAAUCAAUGCAAAGCCCAAUCAAAGCUCUGGAGAAUUUGACACGUAUAUUAUACACGUAGGAAAGUAUUCAGAAGAAAGCAAAAUGUUGCAUAAUAAUCCUGUAAAUGUCCCAUUACCAUCAUGAAGCUUGCCACCCUCAGAGUUACAUGCUCUGUGAUGCCUCUGCUUUCAACAGUAGCUUGAACACAUCCGUGGAGUAAGAAGCCCAUGAUUGUUGUAUAGACAGGCCAGGCCUAAUCUGUAUGAAGCACAAUAGACCAACUAAGGUUGUCUCUGAUGUUCAGCUGUAAAAGUUCUUUUAUUUCCUGUAUUGUGUUUUGAUUGUGUUGAGUUUAAUGGAUUGCAUGUGCUGUAUGGGACUCCAUAGGUCCACAAUCAAAGCGACGUGAUUGGUUGUCCUGCUUUUUGUUGUGUAAAAGGGUUUAAGCCUAUUAUAUUGCUUGCUCUCUGCCAAUGCUUUUGAUACAGUUUGCUUUUGUGAAACCAACCAGAGAUAUUUUUAGAACAUUUUGAUACAAUCCUUUCGAGUAGAUGCCUUGUGUAUAUUUCCGUUUACACCAUGAUGGAAUGUAGCUCAUACUGUGGAUCAAACCAUCGAUUUAUAUUGCAAGAUUUGACAGAACAAAAUGUGACAACUACCUAAGUUACCUUAUAGUACAGGAAAUGAAUAGAUUAUGUUCAGUCUUCAGUAUUAUUACUUUUUGCCUUUAGGCGUUGCUUUAAUAUGCUUUGCUUUUUGUGUAUGUUUUCAUUGUUUUCUUGGAGAAUUUUACCUCAGACUGAGUUUCCACACAGUCCCCACUUAAUUCCACCUGUGACUCUAGGCCACUCCCAGUUGAGAACACAAGAGAUAAUUGCUAUGUGUAAGGCAGCUAAAACAAUGAAGACAGUUUUCUAUGUAACAAAUCUGAGUCAAUUCUGUCUUGACUUAAUGCAUCAGAUCAACAGUCACCAACAUCAUCAGAGGAUGGAAAUAAGUGCAUGGGCUUGGACCAACUUAUAAACAACAAAUCAACUAGCAAAUGAAACUGCCAAAAAGACGUUUUAUGGGAACAUAGGACUGGGAUUGACAAGAAGAGCUACAAUCUAUUGUUUUGACUUUUGACAUAAUCCUCUGAUAAUGUUCAGUGUACUUGACUGAAAAGCUUUAUUUUGAGUGCUUGUUUUCAGAGCUUAUCCAGAACUCUUCUGGUGAUCGAAAUGGGGAUGAUGAAAUAGCUAAGCAGUCAGACAUACAACCAACCAGCAAUCAGUAUUCCUCUCCUCUGCUACAGUAUCGCUUUAAGUUGUGAGUUUUUGCAUCUAAAUAAAGGUAGAUUUUCAUGAAUCUCUGUUGGUCUCUCUCUCUCUCUCUCUCUCUCUCUCUCUCUCUCUCUGAAUUAUAGACAAAACUCUCUUUAUGCUCCUAGGCUAGUCUGGGCAGAGUCAGCUUGUUGCACAGCUAAGUGAACUAACCAGGUAUCAGCAGCCGCAGUUAGCAGUUACUUCAGCAACAAGUAAAGCUACCUCCCCAUCAGGGAACAGAGCAGAGGAC